AUGCCGAAAAAGCCCGGAUAUGUGCCGUCCGCGGGCGGUCAAACCAUCUCCACUAACCAGCUCGAACGUAUCUUCGUUGCCAACAAUCGGUUCGAUCUUAGGGGAAGGCCUCUAGUUCAACCCGAGGUCUUUGGGAUAAUCAGCAUCAUGUGCGACCUAGACGACUCUCCCCCCAGUUCCAAGUUGUUGGAACAUUUCGACGACCCCAAAGAUCCAUUGACAAUCAAAAUCAGAGCUUUGGUCGAGCAAGACGAUCAACACCAACAAGACCUAAAGGACGAAGUCGGAAACCUACUUGAGACAUGGAGGGCAAAAGACGAGGCAAAGGGCGGGGAUGCUACAGACAGAAUCGAGAUUCUCGAGGGGCUACUAAAGAGACUGCCAAUGCGGUUCUUUGUCAUGCCUGAAUGGAACCAAAAAAGAAUCCGGUUUGAACAGCUCUGCAUCCUAUACCCUUUAUACCAUUUUUGCCGCGACGACGAAGACAACCACAUAAGCGAAUUUGUGGCCAUACAAGUUGCCCGAAUUUAUGUGUUCAAAGUCGAGGCCGGUUCAAUUCGUGUAUUCGAGUUAUUAGCAACACCAGAAAAAGAUAUCACCAAAGCGGUGGCUGGGGUUAUGAUGGACAGAGCAAUUCUGCUUCACUUUGCGAACAAGGCUCAUGGGAUGCAUGUGCGAUAUACACAAGACAAGGGGUUUCCAUUACCUAAGCUUAGACUACCCCCCGAUCCUAUUGCAGCUGUCACCGAAACAAUGAGGUCCUCCACCUUAACAGCAACCGCUUCAGCUUCGGGCCAGCCUACCCGAGGAGGUCCGCAUCGCUCAAACAUCCAUGAUCCUCUGUCAGGUCCCUCCACGGAAGAGCAAGGCAGGGAAGAAGAGAAAGGGUCAAGCGAAGAAGAGGAAGAGUCAAACGAAGAAGAGGAGGAACAGGAAGGGCGAAGGGAAAAGGCAAAACAGCCAUUCUAUCCCCACAAUGUUCUGUCCACCCCCAGUCCAAGCGGAAGCAAGGAGCCAGACAGCACCAUCCAGGGCAAGGGCAAGGCGAGGGCAUAUGAGUCUAGUUCUGAGUCACCAGGAGACACAUCUGGGAAGGGGAAAGGAAAGGCUCCAAAAAAACCCCGUCGUAGUGGAAAAUAG